UUUUUUGGUUUUUUCUCCAUAUUUUUUUCCGUCUUUUAUUUUGUCCUCUUUCACGUGGCCGAAGACGUUAAACCCUAAUGGCUGAAACAGAAAUAAACCUGAGCAAUCCCUGAUCCCUCAAUGUAGAUCUGACGUCGAGAGAUUGAUUACCUCUCCCUCCGCGUCAUCCAUGGCUGAAGGUGGGUGAACGCUCUUCCCGGUGCUGUAUACCAUGCCCCACUUGCUCACGCUGGAUUCCGCAGUAAUUGGUAAUUCGAGUUCACUCGCCCCCUAUACAAGGUGUGGUUGAAAACGGGAAGCAAAACAACUUGGUAUUGCCAUGGAGCUGUUGCUGGAUGUGAACGAGCUUGACAGUCCCGCUUUCGAGCUGAAUCGUAGCUGGGUAUAAUGUUUUCUGAUACCUAUUCGACUCCAGAUUUCCACGGACUAGGGGAACAAAAUAAUUUGGAUCUUGAAUUAGAAUUGGCGAGAAAGAAGAACCUUUUCUGAUCAAUGUAAAGGCGAAGCAGAAGAGUUAUUAUUAUUCCGGUUCCUCGAUUCUUCCCCCAAUCUGCUGACUAGAGAUCAAGGAGGAGGAGGGGGAGGAGGCGGAGAGGGAAGAAGGGGGUUGAAGGCGGCCAGCAAUUGGUAAAGAAAUCGGUGGGCCAAGUGGAUGAGAUUUAGGGAAUAAAAUAGUGAGAUAAUCCAGAAAGGAAAUAAUUAGUUUAAUCGCCGCAUAUCUCGUGAAAAUCCAGAAAUUCGAUUCAGUUGUUGCUUCGAGAGGAGAGUUGUCUUCAAUAUCUUCUCGCCUUCAUUGCAUUGCACUCCACCAAAGAGUUCACUUUCUUUUUUGCUUCGCUGUUAUCCUCGCCAGCUCUCUUGUUUGUUUAAUAUCUAAGAACAGGUGUGCUGCCUCUGGCUUUGUCCGUAAUCCCCAGCCAAAGCCCCAGAGAUUUGAACAGAAAGGUGCGGCUUUUUUUUAAUAGCUGUGUUCCCCCUCUCUUUCACUCAUCUCCCCUGUCCGGGAUCUGUGAGCUUUUCUUUUACCCAAGUGCCUGGUGGUGACCAAUUUGUUGAGGGAGGAGUUUGAGAAUGGAGGCACCAAACUCACUCUUUCAUCCUUAAAAGGGAAAGAGCGAAGAAUAACAAGUGAGUCUCUUUUACCUCUUUGUGCAUACUGGAGCCAAAAAGAGAAAGGGAGAGGCGAGAUUGGGUGUUGGACUCUCCUGAGAUGGGCUUGGAGGUAGUAGCGGUAGCUGAAAAUAUGUGGUGGUGGAACAGAAAUGUGAUCAUGGCGAUGUGGGUGAUGCUUUCGAUAGGGUUUUGCAUAGGUUUCCAUUGUCACAUGAGAACAGAAAGUAUGAGAAAGGCAGAGGAAAUGUUAACGAGCAUGUGCGAAGAGAGGGCAAGGAUGCUGCAAGAGCAGUUUGCUGUGAGUGUCAAUCAUGUGCACGCUCUAGCGAUUCUUGUAUCUACCUUUCAUUACCAGAAAGACCCACCAGCCCUUGAUCAGGAGACAUUUGCUGAGUAUACAGCAAGGACAUCUUUCGAACGGCCAUUAUUGAAUGGAGUGGCCUAUGCACAACGAGUUAUACAUCCUGACAGACAACUGUUUGAGAAUCAGCAGGGUUGGACAAUCAAGACCAUGAAACGGGAGCCAUCUCCUAUCCAAGAUGAGUAUGCUCCUGUGAUAUACUCGCAGGAAACUGUUUCCUACAUUGAAGCCCUUGACAUGAUGUCCGGAGAGGAGGAUCGUGAAAAUAUCUUACGUGCUAGAGCCACUGGCAAAGCUGUUCUUACAAGACCCUUCAGGCUAUUGGAGUCUAAUCAUCUUGGAGUAGUUUUGACAUUUCCUGUAUAUCUAUCAGGUCUUCCUUUUGAUGCAACAGCUGAAGAACGCGCGAAGGCAACUGCAGGGUAUCUUGGAGGAGCAUUUGAUGUUGAAUCUCUAGUGGAAAAUCUGUUGCGCCAACUUGCUGGGAACCAGGAAAUUGUUGUGAAUGUGUAUGAUGUCACAAAUUCAUGUGAACCCUUACUAAUGUAUGGAAUCCAUCCUCCUGAUGGUCACAUGUCCCCUUCCCAUGUCAGUAUGCUCGAUUUUGGAGAUCCAUUUAGGAAACAUGAAAUGAACUGCAGGUACCGCAAGAAGCCUCCAGUUUCGUUGUCAUCCAUCACUACGCCAACUGGCAUUUUCGUGAUCUUUAUGCUGGCAGGAUAUAUAGGUUAUGCUGCUUGGAGCCACUAUGACAAUGUUAAGGAGGAUUUUCGGAAAAUGGAAGAGCUUAAAAGGCAAGCAGAGGCUGCAGAUGUUGCUAAAUCCCAGUUUCUUGCCACCGUCUCCCAUGAAAUCAGAACGCCUAUGAAUGGAGUCCUUGGAAUGCUUGAUAUGCUUUUAGAUACAGACCUAAAUUCAACUCAGAAGGAUUAUGCACAAACUGCUCAAGUAUGUGGUAGAGCACUGAUCUCACUAAUAAAUGAAGUACUUGAUUGUGCAAAGAUUGAAGCUGGAAAGUUGGAGAUUGAGUCAGUACCAUUUGACCUACGAUCCAUACUAGAUGAUGUCAUAUCUUUAUUUUCUGCAACAUCAAGAGAAAAAGGAAUUGAGCUUGCUGUCUAUGUUUCAGACAGGGUUCCUAGUAUUCUUAUGGGAGAUCCUGGGAGGUUUCGGCAAAUAAUCACAAAUCUUGUUGGAAACUCUGUGAAAUUCACCGAGCGUGGUCACAUUUUUGUCCAAGUUCAUCUGGCUGAUCAUGUGAAAAUGGUGAUGGAUGCAAAAGCUGAACACGGCUUGAAUGGACAUGCCAGUAAAGUGAACUGUACAUCAGCCAAUGGUGCAUUCAAUACAUUAAGUGGUCUAGAAGUUGCUGAUUAUAGUAAUACAUGGGAAAGUUUCAGACUGCUACUCUCUGAUGGCGAAUCCUUACCUUACACAUUAGGAAAUGGUUCAGUUUCUGAAACUCUGGCAGAUAAAGUAGCUUUAAUGGUUAGUGUUGAGGAUACAGGGAUCGGGAUCCCUGUGAAUGCCCAAGAACGAGUUUUCACACCAUUUAUGCAGGCUGACAGCUCAACUUCUAGGAAUUAUGGAGGAACUGGUAUUGGAUUGAGCAUCAGCAAGUGUCUAAUUGAAUUGAUGGGAGGCAAGAUAAGCUUCUGUAGCAGACCUGAUAUUGGAAGCACUUUUAUUUUCACUGCAGUCUUCCAGAGAUGUAGAAAAGGUGCUGGUGUUGAUAGGAAGAGAUCAGUGUCUGAAGUUUUGCCAACCUGUUUUAGAGGGAUGAGAGCAACUUUAGUUGACAGACAUCCAGUAAGAUCUGCUGUAACCAAAUAUCAUCUGCGAAGGUUGGGCAUAAUUGCUGCUGACGUUAGUACAAUAAACGAGGCACUUUCUGUACUAUCUGGACAAAAUGGCUAUUCAAAUUCUAGUCAUCCUGGAAAGCAGCCAUCCAUCUUGUUGAUUGAGAAAGAUUCCUGGGAUUCCAAAAUUGAUUUUCGCAUUCAGAAUGACCUUUUGAAAUGGAAAGAAGCUGGUCGUACAAAUGAUGUGCCCAAGAUUGUCUUGUUAUUGACUGCUGAAACUGACAAAACAAGAAUUGGAUCGCAUGUAGAUGCUGUAGUAAUGAAGCCGUUGCGAACAAGCACUAUAGCGACAUGCUUGCAACAAACAUUGGGGAUGGGUAAAGUCCAAAAUAAAGAUACCCAUAGCGGUUCAAAUUUCCUUCACCAUUUGUUGGAUGGGAAAAAUAUACUUGUGGUUGAUGAUAACAAGGUAAAUCUGAGAGUUGCUGCAGCAGCGCUGAAAAAGUAUGGAGCAAAGGUAGAGUGUGUUGAAAAUGGCAAAAGUGCACUUUCUCUGCUCCAGCCCCCACACAAGUUUGAUGCUUGCUUUAUGGAUAUCCAGAUGCCAGAGAUGGACGGGUUUCAGGCGACUCAGGAGAUACGUAAAUUGGAGGACAUGGCAAGUGAAGAAGCUUAUAUGGAAGAAGGAUCAACAAAGGCUAAAUUGCGCGUGCCAAUCCUGGCAAUGACUGCGGAUGUUAUCCAAGCAACAUAUGAGCAGUGUGUCAGAUGCGGCAUGGAUGGGUACGUUUCCAAGCCUUUUGAGGAAGCCCAGCUUUAUCAAGCAGUCGCCAAAUUCUUGGUUUCACAGCCCAUUUCAGGUUCUUGACAGCAUUCGCAUUCUGGCAUUUGCACAUUUGAAGGGUACGUUAGUGUACGUCAGUAGAUGAAUUCUUGCCUGAGGUCCCUUGCAUGUUGGAAACUGGCGCAAUGGGGGAAAAAAGCCAGAAGUUCCUUUUUCUAUGGAACUGAAAAAAAAAGAGGCUGAUUUUGAUGAUUCGUCUUUGUAUUUUCAUGGAGCCAUUUUAAGUUUAGACUAUGCUGUUGUAAAUCUGAAACUUACAGCAUCAGAGGCUUAAAAAAACAUUAAGCAUUAGGGGAUAACGAGUAUCAUCCUUCCUGUAAUCUGGACUGGAUGGUGUCUUGGGCAAGGUAAGAUCUCAGGACCAUGCCAUGUAAGUGCUGUAAAUUAUGUUUAUGGUAAAUUUCUUUCUUUCUUUACAA